AUGGACUCAACACCUCACAAAAUAAGGAAGCAAUUGGACUGUCUGACUAGCUACCUCAGCCCCCUACUCCCACUAGCCAAUUGUCAUAUGGUAGAGUUUUUCACAGACCAUCACUGGGGUAAUCUGGUCCCAUCCCAACUGAGAAAUUAUUUAGAAAAUUUGGAAAUAAAUGAAGUCGUUGAACAAUUCUGGGCAGCAGCUACUGAUUGGAAAAGUAAAGAUCCUAACACUGAGCUGGCCAAGUUUGUCUCUGCAGCUCGCUCACACUGCGUCUCUGUAGACAAUGAGAUAUGUCUGUCUGUGGACGAGUUCAAAAAUAGAAUAGUGAAGUGGGGUGGAGAGAUUCAACCUGAGGUCCGGGUCAAGGAGUUUAUGAGCUCCAAGAAGGCUUAUGAGGUACAAACGAUGUCCUCACUCGCGGCGUCCCUGCACAGCGGGGGCUGCUCGCUGGCGGUGGACGCGGGCGGGGGGCGCGGCGCGCUGCCCGCGGUGCUGGCGCUGGCGCACGGGGUGCAGGGGCUCACUGUGGAUUGUGAUGCGGUGGCGUUGGCUGGCGGGGUGAAGAGGGAUCGGCUUAUACAGAAACAAUGGCACGCCAUAGCUAAGAAAGUCGACGAUAGUACAGAAGUUAGCAAGGAAACCGUCAAAGAACGUGCGUCGUUGCACAGAUACGCUGAAGCCUACGUCACUAAAGAUACGGACUUGACCGCUUUAGUAAAAAAGAGCUUUCCAGAACAUGAUGGUCAGGAUAUCAAGAUACUGUUGACUGGUCUUCACACAUGCGGCGACCUGGGCCCCACGUCACUGCGUCUGUUCGCCGGCCGCCGCGCCGAGGCGUUGUUCAACGUGCCGUGUUGCUACCACUUACUCACAGAGCCCACAGAUGGCGCUGUCUGGAGUAUUUUCGACAAAGGUUGUUGUGACGGGGAGAUGGACAGCGGGUUUCCUAUGAGCGAGCAUUUGAGAGGUUACCAGCUAGGCCGCAACGCUCGUAUGUUGGCCGCUCAGUCGAUAGACCGCGUAGCGGCGCUUCGACAGAUGCCGGCGCGGAGCCUGUACUACCGCGCUUUACUACAGGUAAUCAUCAUGAAGCAUUUGCCUUCUUCAACAGUGGCUGAAGGCAAAUUGAAGCGGAUUUCAUCUAAAAGUCAGUCUUUUACCGAAUACUUUAAGUCCGCAGACGCCAUUUUAAAUCUACAACUCUAUGACACUUUAUCUGAUAGCUAUUUGACAGCUGUCAUUGAUGACUACGAAAGGAGGUGGAAAGACUUGGUUUUGUUCUAUUUGUUAAGGAUGUGCCUAGCACAAGUUGUGGAAUCUGUUAUAUUGUUGGAUAGAUUGUUAUUUUUGUAUGAAAAUGGAUUUGAGAAUGUGUUUUUAGUGAAAUUAUUUGACCCUGUGUUGUCGCCGCGUUGUCACGGCAUAGUGGCGGUUAGGUAGCCAUACUAUAUUUGAAAUAGCAUUGUUAAACAAAAGUUUAAACUGAGGUAUGAUAUCAACCAAUACUGAUACUCUUGCUCUCAUGUAGGUGUAUCUUUAUUGAUCUAUAAAAAAUUACCUUUGGUCGUCGUGAUGCCUUAAUUCGACCUUUAGUCUAAUAUGGCUAUAUGGAAUGAAGUACUUAUAGAUUUUGUGACAUUAAAGGGGAGAGAACUAGCUCUAAGAUUUAAUAGUUCAUGUUAAAUAAUGUUAUACCUACCGUAAAUAAUAGCUUUUUACCUACACACAUAAUUAUAUUUAUAUUACAGCUGUCUCCUUCAGUAAAAAUAAUAUGACCUUUACUUGAGACUCUUGAGAGGUAAUUGUAUAUUUAUGACACAUUUAAGUAUGAUAGUUAAGUAUGUUAUUAUUAUGAAUAAAGAUUUUUAUACAUG